AUGAGUCCAGCCUCUUCGGUGGCAUCGUCAACUGACGGAUUUCCAACAAAAAAGAAACGAUCUUCCAGUUCUGGCGGUCUCAAGACACUGGGGCGAUUAUUUAACAAGAAGAAAUCUCAAAGUGAUGUGUACAGGCGAGAUGCGGGUGCCUAUUCUGAUAGCGAGAUUUCCUCUGGAAAUGACGGUUCCGGUCGAAAUGGCGACUUUGAUAGGCGGAAAAAGAAGAAGCACGAAUUAUUAGAGGAGGCAAUGAAAGCUCGGACCCCAUUUGCUUUGUGGAAUGGACCAACUGUGGUUGCAUGGCUGGAGCUAUGGGUAGGCAUGCCAGCUUGGUAUGUCGCGGCCUGUCGUGCCAACGUGAAAUCUGGCGCCAUUAUGUCGGCACUGAGUGAUCAGGAGAUUCAACGAGAAAUUGGUAUCAGCAAUCCCCUCCAUAGGUUGAAAUUGCGGCUUGCAAUCCAGGAAAUGGUUUCGUUAACGUCACCAUCUGCUCCACGAAGUGCUCGGAUGACUUUGGCCUUUGGAGACAUGAACCAUGAAUGGAUAGGAAAUGAAUGGUUGCCAAGCUUAGGUCUUGGGCAGUACAGAUCUGCGUUCAUGGAAUGCCUUUUGGAUGCUCGUAUGUUGGAACAUCUGUCAAAACGUGAUUUGAGGACGCACUUGCGGAUGGUUGAUAAUUUCCAUAGAGCCAGUUUACAAUAUGGAAUAAUGUGUUUAAAGAAACUGAACUAUGAUAGAAAGACGCUGCAAGACAGACGGCGGGCAUGUGAGACAGUCAAUCGAGAUCUGUUGGUUUGGUCUAAUGAACGGGUUCAACGAUGGGUGGAAGAAAUUGGGCUUGGUGCAUACGCUAGCAAUCUUACCGAUAGUGGUGUACAUGGUGCUCUUAUUGCUCAAGAUGAUACGUUUGAUUCACAAGCGUUCGCCCUCUCGCUACAAAUGAGUCCACAGGACCAGCAUGGCCGACAGGUGAGGAAAACUGUUGGGUUGUUUUUCGUGGAAUUUGUCUGUAGAUUUUGA